CACAGAAUCCCGCCGCUUGUUGUGAGGCCAGAUCAGACCAGGGACCAUUUUCUGCUAUCUUCAUUGUUCAGCAAGCAUUACUUUACGAUGGACGACGAGCUCCAUUCAACACCACCCAGCUCGUGGAGUUGUGGCCAGUUUAGUUUCCCAACAGAGUCCUCAGAAGAACCGUCGUCUAUGCUCUUCAAUCACCCCCAGCACGCCUACGUGGGACUUCACCCCGGAUUUGACACCACCGCGCCUGGGGUGAUCCCGCCUGAUCACAUAACGAACGAUCCCACGAGCGCAUUCUCGAUGAACCACACCUACAACGAUCAUACAAAAUGUUCCCAGAGACAGCACAUGAAUUCAUGGAAUCAAUGGACUAGUGCCCAGGGCGAAACUGCCUGGACGACAGCGCGAACAACGGUACCAAUCUCAGCGGAACAGCAGCCAGGUCAUCUUCUCAACCCAUUCGAUGUCCAAAUGGACCACAGCCAACGAUGGCAGAUGUUCACUCAAAAACCGACGGAGAUCUUCUUCACCAACGAACCGAACCCAGAGCUUAACACGACACUACGGAAGAACAGCAGGACGACGGACCAUAACGAAAUCCAGGAGGAGACACAUUCGGCAAGAGAGGAACGGGAUUUUGGAGAAAUUUUGAACAGGGCGAUGAGCAGGGCGUCUGGACGUCUCAUUGCACUUCUCCAGGAAGAACUGGAGAGGUUAAGCAGGGAGAACGAACUCGUCGAGGAUGUUGAGGAGACGGAUGAGGCGCUAGCAACCCUCAGUCUCGACAACAGGACAUCGCGAUGCCGACUUUGAGUUUUUCGAAAAUACACUGCAGCAUGGUAGUAACACCAGUCAACGUUGUCAAUGGGCUUCGUUCUAGUGUGCUGUCAUGUUUCUUACGGAGGAGGUUCAUCGGGUUUUAUGGUCUUUCGUCUCUGGUUGAAUGGCAAUAUCGGCACACUGUCGUGGCCAGUACGACCUUGGUAGGUAUUGAGCAGGUCUUCAGGUGUCCAUCUUGAUAGUGUUGUUGGGAAGAAGAUUGGCAAGAUAUCCAAUUUCGCGGAGCAGUUCUUGUAAACACAGGUGUUCGUGUAGAUAAAUAGGGUAUCAGCACCAGUUACUGUCA